AUGGCAGAUAAUAACCACUCUCGCUUCCAACACCUCUACUUUGUCUUAACUGGAAUUCCAGGGCUUGAACUAAAGUAUUACUGGAUGGCAUUCCCACUGGGUGCUAUAUAUGUCAUUGCCCUCUUUGGCAAUGGUGUCAUCAUCUCUACCAUCAAGUCCGAACUGUCCCUGCACAUCCCCAUGUAUUACUUUCUGUGUAUGCUGGCACUGGCAGACACGGGACUUGCCCUUUGUACUAUGCCCUCCAUGCUAGGCAUAUUUUGGUUUAACUACAAGUCCAUCGCCUUUGAUGCCUGCCUUGUUCAGAUGUACUUCAUCCAUACCUUCUCAGCCAUUGAGUCGGGCGUGCUGGUGGCCAUGGCCUUUGAUCGGGUUGUGGCAAUCUGGAAACCCCUCAGGUACAGCACCAUCCUCACCAAUGGCGUGGUCUGCAGAACAGGGGCAGUCAUCUUGACAAGAGCCAUCUGUGUGGUCUUCCCGGUGCCUUUGCUCAUCAAGAGGCUCCCCUUCUACCGCUCCAAUAUCCUCUCCCACUCCUUCUGCCUUCACCAGGAUGUCAUGAGCCUUGCCUGUGCCAGCAUCCGGGUCAACAGUCUCUACGGCCUCAUUGCGGUUAUCUUCACCAAGGGCUCUGACUCCCUCUCCAUUCUUCUCUCCUAUGCAUUCAUAUUUCGAACAGUGAUGGCCAUUGCCUCAGGGGAGGGCCGGCUGAAGGCACUCAACACCUGUGUUUCCCACGUCUGUGCUGUUCUCAUCUUCUAUGUGCCGCUCAUUGGGGUGUCUGUCAUUCAUCGUUUUGGAAAGCACCUUUCACCACUGACCCAUGCCCUCAUGGCUAAUGCCUAUCUUCUUAUUCCCCCUGUGCUAAACCCCAUCGUCUAUACUAUGAAGACCAAAGAGAUACGGAGGAAGCUCAUCCAGAUAUUUGUUCCAGCCAAGGUCACUGCAGAGGGUUAG